AGUCGCAGUAAGGGCUCCAGACUGAACAUAGUAAUCAUCGCUGAAGGGGCCAUCAACAGAGCUGGUGAACCGAUCUCUUCAAGCUACGUCAAGGAUCUGGUUGUGAAGAGGCUGGGCUAUGACACCCGGGUGACAGUCCUAGGUCAUGUACAGCGAGGGGGAACACCCUCCGCCUUCGACCGGGUGCUGAGCAGUAAGGUGGGAGUGGAGGCUGUCGUCGCUCUGUUAGAGGCCACUCCAGAGACCCCAGCCUGUGUCAUCGGCCUGUCAGGAAACCAGGCUGUCCGCCUGCCUCUUGUGGAGUGUGUACAGAUGACUAAAGAGGUUCAGAAGGCCAUGAAUGAAAAGAGGUUUGAUGAAGCCAUCCAGCUGAGAGGAAGGAGUUUUGAGAACAACUGGAACAUGUACAAACUGCUUGCCUUUCAGAAGCCUGCUGUUACCAAGAGCAACCACACGCUGGCGGUGCUGAAUGUGGGUGCUCCAGCAGCAGGGAUGAAUGCAGCGGUCCGGUCGGCUGUCAGAGUGGCGCUGGCCUACGGUCACAAGGUCUACUCUGUCAACGACGGCUUUGAGGGGUUGGCCAAUGGAGCGGUGACAGAGAUCGAGUGGCACGGUGUGGCUGGAUGGACUGGCCAGGGUGGAUCUCUUCUGGGGACUAAAAGAACCCUUCCCAGUACUUGCAUGCAGAAGAUCGUGGACAACAUCAACAAGCAUAAUAUCCAGGCUCUGCUGAUCGUUGGGGGAUUUGAGGCGUACGAGGGCGUGCUGGAGUUAUAUGAUGCUCGCGGUAGCUUUGACGAGUUGUGUAUCCCCAUGGUGGUGAUCCCUGCCACCAUCAGUAACAACGUACCCGGGACAGACUUCAGUCUGGGGGCAGACACGGCUGUCAACGCUGCCAUGGAGAGUUGUGAUAAGAUUAAGCAGUCGGCUACAGGGACCAAGAGAAGGGUGUUCGUAGUGGAAACUAUGGGAGGCUACUGUGGUUACCUGGCAACCUACGCCGGUAUCGCUGUGGGAGCAGACGCUGCUUACAUCUUCGAGGACCCCUUCAACCUCCAGGACCUAAAGACUAACGUGGAGCAUCUCGCAGAGAAGAUGAAAGAAGACAUCCAGAGGGGUCUGGUGCUGAGGAAUGAGAAGUGUCACCUUCACUACACCACUGAUUUCAUCCACAAGCUGUAUUCUGCCGAGGGGAAGGGCAUCUUCGACUGUAGGGUCAACGUGCUGGGGCACCUCCAGCAGGGAGGUGCACCAACACCCUUCGACAGAAACUGUGGCACCAAGCUGGGUGUGAAGGCUGUGCAGUGGCUCACAGAGAAGAUGAUCAACAACUUCAGACAAGGUCGUGUGUUCGUCAACGCCCCAGACACAGCGUCUGUCAUCGGCUUCAGUAAGAAGGUCCUGUCUUUCAUCCCUGUGACUGAACUUAAGGCACAGACUGACUUUGAGCACCGGAUGCCCAAGGUCCAGUGGUGGCAGAACCUGCAUCAGAUUCUGAAGAUGUUGGCCAAGCACCAGACCAGCUUCAGCGAGUACGUCCCUGGAGAGAUAGAACAUGUGACCCGACGCUCUCUCAGCAUCGACACUGGCUUCUAGAACACACUAACCCUGGACUGUAGACAUCGGCUUCUAGAACACAUAUUAACCCUGGACUGUAGACAUCGGCUUCUAGAACACACUAACCCUGGACUGUAGACACUGGCUUCUAGAACACACUAACCCUGGACUGUAGACACCGGCUUCUAGAACACACUAACCCUGGACUGUAGACACUGGCUUCUAGAACACAUACUAACCCUGGACUGUAGACACUGGCUUCUAGAACACACACUAACCCUGGACUGUAGACAUCGGCUUCUAGAACGCAUACUAACCCUGGACUGUAGACACUGGCUUCUAGAACACACACUAACCCUGGACUGUAGACAUCGGCUUCUAGAACACACACUAACCCUGGACUGUAGACACCGGCUUCUAGAACACACUAACCCUGGACUGUAGACACCGGCUUCUAGAACACAUACUAACCCUGGACUGUAGACACCGGCUUCUAGAACACACUAACCCUGGACUGUAGACACCGGCUUCUAGAACACACUAACCCUGGACUGUAGACACCGGCUUCUAGAACACAUACUAACCCUGGACUGUAGACACCGGCUUCUAGAACACAUACUAACCCUGGACUGUAGACACUGGCUUCUAGAACACACACUAACCCUGGACUGUAGACACUGGCUUCUAGAACACAUACUAACCCUGGACUGUAGACACUGGCUUCUAGAACACACACUAACCCUGGACUGUAGACACCGGCUUCUAGAACACAUACUAACCCUGGACUGUAGACACUGGCUUCUAGAACACACACUAACCCUGGACUGUAGACACUGGCUUCUAGAACACAUACUAACCCUGGACUGUAGACACUGGCUUCUAGAACACACUAACCCUGGACUGUAGACACUGGCUUCUAGAACACACUAACCCUGGACUGUAGACACUGGCUUCUAGAACACAUAUUAACCCUGGACUGUA